AUGCACACCUUCGAGGACGGAAGUGAAGAGGUCGAGGUGGCAUGGAAGGAAGGCGCCGCCGCCCCACUGUUGAACGCUCCUGAUCUGUACGAGAAGAUCCGACCGUCCGAUUCAGCCUGGUACAUCGACGGCUCCACACUCGUCCUGACUCUGACGAAGCAGCACCCGCAGAAAUGGCCCGCCCUAACCGACACCGAAGCCUUGGAAAAGAGGUUCGGACCCAUCCGAACCUCCCCGAACAAGGCUGCAGGUUCGUCAGCAGCAUCAGCUUCGGCAGCAGCCGCGGGGAAUGGAACUGCCAAAGCAGGCGCGGAGCAGGCAGGGGCGGGGGGAGGGGCGAAGGGGGGAACGGGAAAGGCGGAGGGGAAGGGUGGGGAUGGGGCAGGUGAAAAGAAGGACGGGGCGGCAGCUUGGGCUGCCCGGGAAAAAGUCAACCGGCUGCUGAAAGCUGCCCAAGACGGUGACGUGGAUGGGCUGAAACAAGCCGUUGCUGUGAUGAUUGCGGAUGGGAAAGCGCAGGAGAAAGCGGAGGGGAAGGCGGAAGGGGAGGGGGAGGGGAAGGCGGAGGGGAAGGUAAAGGGGAAGAAGGGGGGAGUGGAAAUGCUUUCAGAGUUUGAUGUAGAUGAGAAGCUCAGUAGUGAUACUGCAGCUGCUGCCGCCGCGUCUGCUGGUGGUGGUGAUGGUGGUGCGGGUGACAGUAACGAGGGGAAGCUUGCAGUAGAGGAAGCAAGGGAGGUGCUGGAGGAGGUGAGGGACGCCAAUGACCGCACGGCCCUGCACUUUGCAGCCAGCACGGGGCAUGUCGACGCGUGCAGGUAUGUGGCUGGGUUAAGGAGGUACAUGGUGGAUGAAAUAGGCGUGCCAGUGGACGUGAAGGAUGGCGAGGGGGAGUACAUGGUGGAUGAAAUAGGCGUUUCAGUGGAUGUGAAGGAUGACGAGGGGGAGAUGCGGGAGAUCCAUGCGUACAUGGUGGAGGAGAUAGGCGUGCCGGUGGAUGUGAAGGAUGACGAGGGGGAGACGCCACUCAUGCUGGCAGCGAGGGACGACCACUCAGAGGCUGCCACGUGGCUGGUUGAGCACGGGGCGGCUGUUGCCACGUCAGCGGAGAAGUCGGGCGCGCAGGCGAUACAUCACGCAGCGGGGCAUGGUUCGGUGAAGAUUCUCGAACUCCUAUUGGACCACGGCGCCGACCCUAACGCUCAGAGCGACGCCGGGCCUCCGCUGCUGUGGGCGUGCGGACACGGCAAGGUGGCUGCAGCGGGUGUGCUUCUAACGAGGGGAGCCAAUCCAGACACGCCCAGCGAGGAUGGCGUGAACUCGCUGCUCACCGCCACUGCUGCCGGGGAGACAGAGAUUGUGAAACUGCUGCUCAAGCACGGCGCGCAGCCCAACCCAGGCGGUCCGCCUCUCCCCACCAACGCUGCAGCAGCAGCAGCAGCAGCUGCUGCUGCUGCUGCUGCUGCCAAUGGAAGCACUGCUGCCCCGUCCUCGCCUCUCCCCUGUGUCACCUCCACCACGCCUCUCAUUGUCGCUGCCGACGCGGGCAACACACCCGCCGUCUCCGCUCUCCUUGCUGCCGGUGCUGAUGCAGACAGGCGGGACGAGGAUGGCAUGACGGCACUAGACGCUGCUGCUGCUGCGGGGAAUAAAGAGGUUGUCGGGUUGCUGCUGCCGGUGACUCAGCGUCCCGCUGACGUGGCGGAAGUCGAUUGGACGGUCGAUGGAGUGAUGAAACGGGCGGCGGGAGCAGGAGGAGCAGGAGGGGGAGGAGCAGGAGGGGGAGGAGCAGGAGGGGGAGGAGCAGGAGGAGGGAAGAAGGGAGAGGCAUCUGCAGGAGGAGGAGGGGGAGCGGGGGGGGUAGGGGCACCACCCCUUGGUUCUGCUCUGUCUUCGGAUGUGGCUGCAGCAGUGGCCGAGGCCAAGGCAAGGGGAGACGCAGCGUUAAGAUCACAGCAGUUCCAGGAGGCUGUUGAUGCAUACACUCAGGUCAGUGGCAGAGGCGAAGGCGAGAGCUGA